AUGUCCGUCUACUUGAAGCGUCAAUCCGGCUCUGAUCCAGGCCGUAACCCCGGGCCUCCAAGUUUUCCGCCAGAAUACGUGAACUUCAGUGCUGCCGAUGAAAUACUCUCCAUCACCAGCGUCUUUACCGCCUUGGCGUUGGUGUUGGUCAUCCUCCGCCUCUACGUGAGGGGAUGGAUGUUGAGGUUUCUUGGGUCGGACGACUAUGUCAUGUUGUUUGCCAUGGUGUUGAGCCUAAUCGUCAUGGUCUGCUUUGUUCAAGAGAUCAAGUACGGAUUGGGGAAGCACGCUGUCGUGAUGCUCUCGGACUCUGUCAACUACACGAAAUUCUCAAAGUGGCUUUACAUUCACAGCCUUAUCAUAAUGGUCGCGGUCAGUGCGGUCAAGGUCUCGAUUGCACUGUUCCUCAUGCGCCUUGCCGAGAGAACAAGGAAAGUUAGGUUUCUGUGGGGGAUGAUUGUAUUCCUCGUCCUCUUCACUGUUGCUUGCGCCUGCACUUUGAUUUUCCAGUGUUCGCCAAUCGCUGCCGCUUGGGACUACUCCCUCCGUAUGCCACCGGCGAAGGCAAAAUGCUUUUCGAUGAACACUUUCAGAAAUAUUGGCAUGUUCAACAGCAUUGUAAACAUCGUCACCGACCUCCUCUUUGCAUCGCUUCCAGUUCCUUUGAUCUGGGAGUUGCAGAUCAACAUUCGAGCGAAGCUCACGCUGGCCUCUAUUCUCAGCCUCGGUUUCUUCGCUUCCGCCGCAGCCAUCGUCAAGUGCGUCUCGCAGUGGAACGUGCUGGAUGAGCCGGAUUGGACAGUGCAUGACUCGUUCAACGUGUGGAACUGCAUCGAGCUGAAUAUCGGCAUCGUUGCAGCCUGCCUGCCGGCCCUGAAGCCUCUGUUCAACUGGUUCCUUGAAACUGCACGGGCAAUUACCAGUUCUGGCGGACGAUCUGGUAUCCGUCGUCCCACGGGCUACGGCAGCCGAUCGACUACGCUCGGAUACAUGAAGCAGCAUGAUAGCUUCGCCAUGGCGAGCAUAUCACGGUCUCGAGGAGACGCAGCAAUGGGAAAGAUAGGUCCAUACGUCGCACAGGUCUCGGUGGGUGUGAAAGAAGUAGGCAAGAAGGCGCCCGGCUUAGACAGAGGACUUCCUCUGAGCUCGGACUUGAGCAGAGACUCUGGCGGCUCGGGGUCCAAGGCAUCCAAGGAAGGGGAGAAGCAUUGGGAUGUCGAAGCAAGGAAGACCAGCGGCGAUGGUAUUCUGUCACACGAAGAGGGUGGUUCCAGACCAAGAGGCCACGUCAUCCUGCGAACAACGGAAGUACAUGUGAGCUGA